GUGAGGAAGGCGAGGGCGUGGCGGGGCGACGCGUGUACACCAAAAGGCCUACCGAAGUGUUCCUUCCCGGCUGUCCCGCGGCCGGAAGGCCCACCGCUGCCGUCGGUUGCGGGCCCUGCUCGCCGGAGCGCAGCUCCACGCGAGUACGCGACCACGUCCAGCGACCGACUCUACUCCUGCUCCUCCGCUCCCGUUGCCGCGAUGCGGCGGGGCCUCCUCGCUAGCCCGUGUCUUCUAGUCUGCUGCCGCUGUUGUUCGUAGACCAGGCGUGCGCGGCGCCACCCCCAGUGCAGUCCAUCUCGUCGGCUGACCCUUUCUUUCCCUGCGGCAAAUCAAUCUACCCGCGGUUAACGAGACGAUGCCGCGGUAAGGAGUGCGCGCGGAAGGCUGGCACCCGCAUUGCUCUGCGCCCGCGGCCUGUUCGACGGAAUUCCCAGCCGGGGCGCCACACGGUGGUGGUUCGGCUGCCAGGGCCGAGGAUGCCCUUGCGGGCGUACGUGGGCAUGCUGGCACGCGGAGCCAGGCCUGACGCGUACACGUUCCCGCCGUUGCUCAAGGCGGCGGCGGAGCUGGGCGCUGUGCCGCCGUCCGUCGGUGACGCUGUCCACGCGCAUGUGGUUAAGUUUGGGCUGGAGCUCAACGCCCACGUGGCGAGCUCGCUGGUGCUCAUGUACGCGGCCAGGGGCGACGGCGUGACGGCGCGUGCGCUGCUGGAUGUGCAGCCCGCCAGUGGUGGCGGCACGCCCGUUGUGUGGAAUGCGCUUAUGUCCGGUCACAAGAGAAGCAGGCAAUUCAGGCUGUCAUGCUGCUCUUUCCUGGAUAUGAUGAGGGCUGGCGUUGUGGCCACGCCAGUCACCUACAUCACGGUGCUGUCAGCAUGUGGCAAAGGCAACGACGUCCUGCUCGGAAUGCAGUUGCACAAGCGCAUCAUUGAGAGUGGGGUGCUGCCCGAUCUCAAGGUGGAGAAUGCGCUCGUUGAUAUGUACGCCGAGUGUGGCCAGAUGGAAGCAGCUUGGGAUUUGUUUGAGGGCAUGCAGGUGAGGAAUAUUGUGUCCUGGACGUCGGUAAUCUCUGGGUUUGUAAGACUAGGCCAGGUUGAUCGAGCCAGAGUACUGUUUGAUCGUAUGCCUGAGAGGGACACCGUCUCAUGGACUGCAAUGAUUGAUGGUUAUGUACAAGCUGGCCAGUUCCGAGAGGCAUUGGAGAUGUUUCGUGAGAUGCAACUUAGCAAGGUGAGGGCAGACGAGUUCACCAUGGUCAGCAUAGUCACGGCAUGCGCGCAGCUUGGUGCUUUAGAGACAGGGGAGUGGGCUAGAAUUUACAUGAACAGACAUGGCAUCAAGAUGGAUACUUUUGUCGGGAAUGCGCUCAUAGACAUGUAUUCAAAGUGUGGGAGCAUCGAGCGUGCAUUGGACGUGUUCAAUGAGGUGCACAGUAGAGAUAAAUUUACUUGGACCGCUGUUAUACUUGGUCUUGCAGUGAAUGGACAUGGUGAGGAGGCUAUCGAUAUGUUUGACAGGAUGCUUAGGGCGUUUGAAGCUCCAGACGAGGUGACCUUCAUUGGCGUUCUCACUGCCUGUACUCAUGCUGGCUUGGUUGACAAAGGACGAGACUUCUUUCUCAGCAUGACUGGGACCUACAGGAUUGCUCCUAAUGUGAUGCAUUAUGGAUGCAUGAUCGACCUCCUUGGCCGAGCUGGGAAACUAAGAGAAGCAUUGGAGACAAUAGGUAAAAUGCCCAUGAAACCCAGCUCUGCAAUCUGGGGGACCCUGCUGGCAGCUUGUAGGGUCCAUGGUAACUCAGAGAUAGGUGAAUUGGCAGCAGAACGUCUCCUUGAGUUGGAUCCAGAGAACAGCAUGGCUUACGUCCUUUUGUCCAAUCUGUAUGCAAAAUCUAAUAGAUGGGGAGAUGUCCGGUGGCUUAGGCAGGUAAUGAUGGAGAAAGGAAUCAAGAAAGAGCCUGGUUGCAGUCUUAUUGAAAUGAACGGCACAAUUCACGAAUUUGUAGCUGGUGAUAGAUCUCAUCCUAUGAGCGAAGAAAUCUAUUCUAAAUUGGACAAGGUACUCACGGAUUUGAAGAACGAUGGCUAUGUACCUGAUGUAACCGAGGUCUUUGUUCAAGUCACAGAAGAAGAAAAACAAAAAGUUCUUUAUUGGCACAGCGAAAAGUUGGCUGUCGCUUUUGCAUUACUCGUAUCAGAAUCCAGCGUGACAAUAAGGAUCGUGAAAAACUUGAGGAUGUGUUUGGACUGCCACAAUGCAAUUAAAUUGAUCACCAAGCUGUAUGUGAGAGAGAUUGUUGUGAGGGACAGGACACGCUUCCAUCAUUUUAGACAUGGACUCUGCUCUUGUAAGGACUAUUGGUAACUCAUCAUGCAUCGAUGAUGCAAAACAAGGUAAUAUCAGUUGUCCUAAAGUCUGAGUGAUCACUCAAUGAUUAACAAACAUUUUUCAUUUCAAAUGAUGCACUGGCUGCAAAUCUGUACUUCAGAGGACGAAGUGAUAAUUAAGACAAUAUUCUCACACCAAUGGAAGCCAUAUAUGUUAAGUUCUCAUUUGGGAUCAUCCCCAAACAUCUUGAUCUAAUCUUCUCUGUUGCCGAAUGAUGAUUGUUAUAUUGACAGUUUGGCAGAAGUUCGAUGAAAAGAAAGAAAGUUUCAGUGGGGAAAUUCUUUCAGUAACAUUAUUUAACUUCUGGCCUGAAGUUGAUGAUCAUGGUGCAACAGCGUUCUGCCAUUCACUUGGUAGCAAAUCUGGGUGUCUGCUGAAGCUUUACUGUUUGGUGCUUAGUGAAACCAGGGACGAGAAGCCACAGAAGCCACUAAAGGUGAGCCUCGGGAUACCAAGCUCUCUUGCGACAUCACCGGUCCACCAAUGCAUCGUGUCAGAAAUGAUGCAGCUCGGAGGCGGCAGCUGCUGCUCACGGAGGUGC